GUACGCCAAUAAAUCAGUCGCGAUAUUUCAUACGCUGAUGGCCGGCAGCGGUUUUGGGAGACGAUAGGGGAAGCGGGAGUAUUGUAAUUGGGGAAAAUCCACACUGGCUGUGUUUGCAUUCAGUGUUGUGCUGUAAUUAAAGUAGCUGCAGGGUGUAGGCGUUGCAGAAGUAUAGGCUACAGACCGAAUCUGCUCUGCCGACUUCUUUCGUUGCCCAAGGCCUGCGGGCUGUGUUUUACGCCCGGACGACGUGAAUUGAAAGCUGGGCGAUGAGCGUCGGUUCAGAUGGCGUAUCGUCCUCGGACGGCAUUCUGCUGGCCACGGCCGGCUACGACCACACCAUCAAAUUCUGGGAGCCUCACACCGGCGUCUGCAAGCGCACCUGCCAGCACCAGGACUCGCAGGUCAACGCGCUCACCUUCCAGCCGGACCGCACGCUGCUGGCCGCCGCCGGCUACCAGCACGUCCGCAUGUACGACGUCAACUCGACCGACAUGAACCCCAUCAUCAACUUCGAGGGCGUCAGCAAGAACGUGGUGGGCGUGGGCUUCCAGCGCGACGGUCGCUGGAUGUUCACGGCCAGCGAGGACGGCUCCGCCAAGAUCUGGGAUGUUAAGACCGGGGGACUCCACUGCCAGCGGGUGUUCCAGAUUGAUCAGCCCAUGACCUGCAUCGUGCUGCACCCCAACCAGGUGGAGCUGUUCAUCGGCGACCAAUCGGGGACCAUCCACCAGUGGGACCUCCGGUCCGACCAGCGCGCCAAACUGAUCCCGGAGCCGGACUCGGCGUUCCAGCACAUCGACAUCGACAACAACGGCGAGCUUAUGGCCGCCAUCAACACCAAGGGCAACUGCUACGUGUGGGCGCUGUCGGCGGGCGAGACGGACCAGGCGCCGGUGGAGAUCACUCCCAAGCGGAAGAUCGAGGCGCACCGGCACUACGGCCUGAAGGCGCGCUUCUCCCCAGACGGCGAGCUGCUGUGCACCACGUCUGCCGACCACACGGCGCGCAUCUGGUCGACGCGCGACUUCUCGCUGGUGCAGACGCUCGACUGGCAGAACAAGGACGAGACGCAGCGCUGGGUGUGGGACUGCGCCUUCUCCUCGGACGCCAAGUACCUGGUGACAGCCUCGUCGGACGAGCACGCGCGCCUCUGGAACGUCGAGACGGGUGCGGUGAUGCGUACCUACAAGGGCCACUCGAAGGCGCUCACCAGCCUGGCGUUCUCCGAUGACUGAGCUGCGUGGCGAUGCCCGUGCCGGGGCACCGUUCCCCGCCGUAUCGGUCGCCGCAGCGGGCGCCAGUGGCGCGGGAGACACGUCGUUGACCUUGAGCGGGGGCGACGGCGUCUUGGGACUGUGCGAAGGUCGCGCUGAGACUGUGGCCGACAGACGCAGUGCUGGGUGUAUGGUGACAGCGUCGCAUGGCCGUGCCAUAAACUGCCGCGUGCCCACGCCGUAUGCUGACGCGCUCGGCUCGCUAGCGUGGUGUUUUGUAUGCUCUGCGCUUCGACCUUUUAAUGCGUGUUUCGGUACGUCAAUAAAUGCUGCAUCUCGUGUUCAUGACA